AUGGAGAUCAUGAAGAAAGUAAAGAAUACCAUAAAUAGAGUCACUGAUAACUCAGAGGAAGACAUAAUUUCAAAGAUAAAUCAAAUGGAGAAAGUCAGCAGUAAGAAGGCAACCAUUGGGAUUUUUGGAAAAUCAGGAGAAGGGAAGAGCUCCCUAUUGAAUGCAGUCUUGGGGAAAAAGGAUCUACUGCCAUCUGGUUGCUUUGGCGCCUGUACGGCUGUUGUUACUCAGGUGGAAGCCAAUCUGGAGGACUCCAACUACAUAGCAGAGAUCGAACUCUUCUCUAAAGAGGAGUGGGAGAAAGAGCUCAAAGAUCUUUUCAGUGUUUUGUCAGAUGAAACCGAGGACAGGGACGAUGACUUAUUUGACAUUGCUGUAGAAAAGAUCACUGCGCUGUAUGGAGACGAUGCAGAUAAGAAAACUUUAGAAGAGCUCAAGAAAGAUGACAAAUUUGCUGAGAUUGAAACCCUUUUAACCAUCAGUAAGAAAAUCUCAAAACGUGAUGUCUUUGAAUUCACCAAUGAAGUUGCAAGUUACACACAACACAGUGAGUCAAGUUCCGGUGGCUGGUACUGGCCGCUUGUGAAGUGUGUGACGAUCAAGAUUCCAGACUGUCACGAACUCCUGGAACACAUUGCGUUUGUUGAUAUUCCUGGAACUGGAGACUGCAAUAAGAUAAGAGAUGACCAGUGGAAAUCUAAACUGAGAGAGUGCUCUUUUGUUUGGAUUGUAAGUGAUAUCAAUCGAGCAAUCACGGACAAAGACCCCUGGGGGAUUUUAAAGCACUGUACUACAGAAUUGGGACCAGGAGGAGAAUGCAAAUGCUUUAACUUCAUCUGUACAAAGACUGAUGAGAUCAAUCCAGCAGCCUAUGUGAGAUCUGCAAGGCUUACUACAGACCAACUCACAGGAGACCAGAAAAUAGUCAGCACUGACAGUGAUUUUCUAGUUUUUACUGUAAGUUCCAAAGCAUUCUUUGACCCUAAAUUAAACCUGAAGCCCAGUGAAACAGAAAUCCCAAAGCUGCAGGAUGAUCUGAGGAUUCUUAACAAGAACAUUACCAGAGAUCUGAGGAGAGAUUAUAUCAAUGAAGCAAAGGGACUUUUGUCCUUGAUCCAAAGUGUCCAGCCGGACACAGACAAGGAAACGGUUAAAAUGAAAGAAAAAGUCUUCAUGGACUUAGAGGAGAGCCUAAUGAAGGCACUAAAUGAGCUGGACAUUCGUUUUGACACCAUUUAUAGAGUUCUGGAUGAGUGUCUCUCAAAGGGAGUGGACAAUUCAGUCAAAUCAUGUGUUAAAUCCACAGAAGCAUUAAUAACACCUGUAAGUAAUAAUGGAAGUGGAUUUCAUAAAACCCUUGGAGCUUUGUGCAGGAAUGCUGGGUGCUAUUUCUCUAAAGGGAUGAAUAAACUCCUAGACCUAAACAAGACAUUGGCUGAAAACCUGCAUGAAUGUCUUGAAGAAGAUUUUAAACUGAUUUUUCCUGUGGGUGGACAAAAAGGGAGGUCAGUGCAGGAACAGAUUGACAAGUUCAGUAUCAUCCGGACUGACUCUGCUUAUUUCAGAUCUUCCAUGUUAAAUCACAUUCAGAAAUUCAUCCAAACAGAGGAAACUAAACUGAAGGCAUCGCUCAACAGAGAAGUUAUUGAUAUAAAGAAGGACAUCUACUUAUCAAUCCAAACAACUAUUGAGAAUGAAAUGGCGUCUUGCUAUAAACAAGCUGCAGAAAUGAGAGGAGUCGGAGCCAUGAAGAGAAUGCAAGAUCUGUUAAUAAUCACAGUCAAAGAGAAAAAACAAGACAUGUUCAACAAGGCCAAAAAUGAGGCACUUAAAAGGUUCAAUAACUUAAAGCUCUACAUAAAGAAUGCUCUUGAAUCAGGACUGAAGAAAUCAAUAAAACUCGCACUGUCCCAAACCAGCAAAAUCACAUUAAUGGAUGUCUCCAGAGAGAUGGAACAGCUGGAGAGCCUGACAGAGCAAUAAAAAGCCCAAGAGAAAUGGCUCAAUUAACAAAACAU